CUCCGCCAUGGACUGUAGCUGCGUCUCAGACCUUCUCUUCGCCCCGCCUGCCCUGCCGGCUCUCUGGACCCCCGGGUUUGCCUUCCCGGAUUGGGCCUACAAGCCGGAGUCGUCCCCGGGCUCGAGGCAGAUCCAGCUGUGGCACUUUAUCCUGGAGCUGCUACAGAAGGAGGAGUACCAGGGUGUCAUCGCCUGGCAGGGGGACUACGGGGAGUUCGUCAUCAAGGACCCGGAUGAGGUGGCCCGGCUGUGGGGCAUCCGCAAGUGCAAGCCCCACAUGAAUUAUGACAAGCUGAGCCGGGCCCUGCGUUACUACUACAAUAAGCGCAUUCUGCACAAGACCAAAGGGAAGAGGUUCACCUACAAAUUCAACUUCAGCAAAGUCGUGCUUGUCAAUUACCCACUGCUGGAUGUGGCGGCCGCCGCCACUGGAUCCCCACUCUUGCUGACCCCUGGUCCCUUUGGGGGUGCCCCUGGACCAGAUGCUCCUCCCCUCACCCCUGAGACCCUGCAGACCCUGUUCUCCACCCCACGCCUCGGAGAGCCAGGGGCCCGGACACCCCUAUUCACUCCUGAGACAGACAAACUGCGCUUGGACAGCCCCUUCCCAUUCUUGGGCUCUGGUGCCACCAGCUAUUCCAAGCCCCCCGGCCUGCUCGGUCCUUACAGCCGCACCUUUCCCGAGUGCCCCUGGAACUUCAACCCAUACUUCACCGGCCCCUUCCCCAAGCUGCCCCCAUCUCUCUACCCCCCCCACUUCUACCCCAAUCCUCUUGCCAAUUCUCUGGGCCACUUGCCCUCUGUAGGGGCUGGGGGAGGCCCCACAGCUGCACCCUUGCUGGCUGCGACUGGAGAAAGCUUGAACCCUGAGCACCCCUCAGGUCUGGCAGCAGCUCCUCGCCUGGCACUGCCAGGGGCUGGGGGUCCAGAGCCCACGCUGGGCGGGAAGGACGACAGCGACUCGGAGCUUGAGAUUACUGACGUCAGCGCCUGCAGCUCUGACAGCGAGGGUGAUGAGGGCCUCCCAGUACCCCCCAAGGCCAAGGCUGGCAAAGGGAGUACUGGCAGCUGA